AUGAAGGUCACCGCCGUCUUCGUUGCCGCUCUCGCCACCCUCGGUGCUGCCUCUCCUCCUAAGGGCUGCACUCCCGGAACCUACUCUUGCACAUCCGACAAGAACGGCUGGCAGGUCUGCGAUGUCACCCGCAACUGGGUCUUCGCUGGUGCCUGCCCCCCCCACACCGGCUGCGUCUUCUACCAGCCCAGCAAGAGCCCUUACUGCGUCCCCCCCGGCUUCAAGUUCCCCCAGAACUAG